AUGUCACCUCGAUAUGGUGGAGGACCCAGGCCGCACAUAAGAAUGGCAAGUCAGCCACCAGGUGGAGUUCCAGGAUCACAGCCCUUAUUACCAAACUCCAUGGACCCAACCCGACAAGAAGGACACCCUGGCAUGGGAGGACCCAUGCAAAGGAUGAAUCCCCCCCGACCGAUGGGCCCCAUGGGUCCUGGACCUCAGAAUUAUGGAAGCGGGAUGCGGCCUCCACCCAAUUCAUUAGGUCCCGGCAUGAAACAUUGUUUCAGGGGUCCAGGAACAGGCAGACCAUGGCCAAAUCCAAAUAAUGCAAAUUCAAUUCCAUACUCUUCGUCAUCACCUGGCACAUAUGUGGGGCCCCCAGGUGGUGGAGGACCUCCAGGAACACCGAUCAUGCCCAGUCCUGCAGAAUCGACAAAUUCAAGUGACAACAUUUACACCAUGAUGAAUCCAGGACCGCCCACAGGGAACCGGUCAAAUUUCCCAAUGGGACCUGGUUCUGAUGGGCCUAUGGGCGGAAUGGGUGGAAUGGAACCUCAUCAUAUGAACGGGUCAUUAGGGUCUGGAGACAUGGAUGGACUUCCCAAGAAUUCCCCAAACAACAUAAGUGGCAUUAGCAACCCUCCAGGCACACCUCGAGACGAUGGAGAGUUAGGAGGAAAUUUCCUUCAUUCCUUCCAGAAUGACAAUUACUCUCCCAGCAUGACUAUGAGCGUGUGA